AGAAAAUUAUUUAAUAAACGCCCAUGCUUCCAUGCAGACUGGCUCUAUAUAUAUAUAUAUAUGAUCGACGCAAAGCAGCUCAAUUCAUAAAUUAAAGCAACUCAAUUGUGUUCCUGCUCAGCAAAUUAUAAUAGAAGAUGUCGAACAAAGUCAUCAUCUUGAGCUUUGUAGCUCUAACUUUUGCCUGCCUUGCCUUCGCCUACGAGCCUAAACCCCUCCAAGAUUUUUGUGUAGCCGAUCCUAACACCUCAGUGAAAGUAAAUGGUUUAGUUUGCAAGGACCCGAUGAAAGUUCAAGCUGAUGACUUCUUCUUCAGUGGGCUACACCUCAUGGGCAACACAUCAAACCCUGUGGGAUCAAGGGUUACCACAGUCUUUGCAACUCAGUUACCUGGGCUAAACACUUUAGGCAUCUCAAUGGUUCGGAUUGACUACGCGCCAUGGGGACAAAACCCACCUCACACUCAUCCAAGAGCCACCGAGAUUCUUACGGUUCUUGAAGGAACCCUAGAAGUUGGGUUUGUUACAUCCAACCCCGACAACCGUUUUAUCACCAAGGUGCUGAAAAGGGGUGAUGUUUUCGUGUUCCCCGUUGGACUUGUGCAUUUCCAGCGUAACCUCGGGAAUGGGUAUGCGGUGGCUAUUGCCGCAUUGAGCAGUCAAAACCCUGGCGCCAUAACGAUAGCCAAUGCUGUUUUUGGUGCUAAUCCUCCAAUUCCAGGGGAUAUUUUAGCCAAGGCAUUCCAAGUGGAUAAAAGCGUGGUGGAUCAACUACAAUCAAAGUUCUAGAGUAACAAAGAUUCUGAUGAGUGAUCGUGUGUUUGUUUGAUUUCUUGUUAAGUUCUAAUUCUUUUGUUUGGCAAUGAAAAGUUUUUUUAUUGGAUUAAAAUAACCGGUGGAGGUAUUCACACA